UGGGUCGAGAUACCAAGAUGACCGGUAGCCCGGUCCAAUACCGGACCGGUCCGAUCCUGACAACUGAUCCCCCUUCUGUCGGCUAUAAAGCUAUCGGUGGAGGCCGAGGCGGAGACGGCGACGGACGGUGGCGGUGACCAAUGGCGACGGUGGGCUUUCUGGAAGACGAGAACCUCGAGGCGAUCAUCACCCGGAUCGAGCACAAGUCCCGCAAGAUCGAAAGCUUGCUUAAGCAAUCUAAGCCGGUGGAGGCGCUUAAGACGGCGUUGGAGGGUUCACUCUUGAAAACCAAAGAUGAGAGGUGCAAGUCGGCGAAUUGGAUAGUGGUGCAUCGGGCGAUCAUGGCUAUCAAGGAUGUGGAUGCGAUGUUCUCUUCCUUGGAUCCCGAGUAUUACGACAUUCUCAUGAAUUAUAAAGACAAACGCCUGGGUGCAAUGACUUAUGUGAAAGUGAACUACUGGGCACAUUUUGGCUGAAUAUGCACUGAAUGAAAUGCCAAUUACAAAUAGUGGUUGCUUGUAGCUCAUUUUGAAAUGAUUCUUGAUGUUUGGUGGGUUAAAGAUGCAUAUUAUGCUGGCGUAAGAGAUUUGGAGCAUAAUCACGAGCAGUGCUUAUCUUUAUGUCGAUGCUACACAUGAAGGUUGACUCAUAUAAGAGACUAAUAAAUGUUUUAUGUUGGAAUGUAGUCCCUGUAAGAAUAUUUCUCAUGUUGUGUUCUUGCUAUCAAGUAUGUCGGGAUGCCCAAUUUGAACUGUGGUGAGGAUUGCAAUAUCUGUAAAAUUUGUAACUGUAUGAGAAUACUAUUGAGCUAUGGGUCAAGUAGACUCAAACUAGUUGUUUUA